AUCCGAGUCCCCCCAAUGAUAUCAAUUUCUUUUUCGUUGCCUAUUGGAUCAGCCCAUACCAUUGUUAGGUAUAUAAAUACCUAGUGCCCAAGUAGCCUUUCGGUAUUCUAAAAGGCACGAGAUUCCCCCAGUUGCCAUUCAAUACUUAUUUUUGAGAUAAAAGCAAACACAAAUAACUGGAUCAAAAACUUUAAAUCACAUAAAGUGACAGAGUCCUAGUUUGCUCAUAAUUAUUUUUCUAUUCCUUGUUGAUAACCCAGUCUUCCUAAUUCACUCUUUGAGAUAACCCUGAAACCAUCAACAAUGAAACCACCGUCUAUUGCUAUAAUAGGAGGUGGACCGAGCGGACUCUUGUUUGCACGUCUUCUGGAAUUGAGUAGCAUUAGAGACUACGUCGUCUUUGAACGAGAUGAGUCAGCUAAACCGGGGGUUUGGCAGCAAGGGGGCACUCUCGAUUUACAUGGUCCCUCCGGUCAGUUGGCGCUCAAACGCGCCGGCUUGUUUGAAGAUUUCAGCACAAAGCUUGCUCGCUGGAAUGCCACGUGCUUUCACGUCCUUGACCCGACAGCGAAAACGGUUGUCAACUUCAAGGAAGAACGGGAUGCACCAGAGAUCGACCGCUUGCAGCUUCGCCAGUUACUACUCAGCUCCAUUCCCCAAAACAAGAUCCGUUGGGGCCAUGCCGUGAGUACCGUGGAGAGAAAGGCCAAAGAUGGGCAAGUGGGAAAGGAUAAUGGUUGUACAAUUCACUUUACGAACGGCACCUCGGCGAGCGGGUUCCACCUUAUUGUUGGGGCUGACGGAUCUUGGAGCAAGGUUCGCCAUUUAAUAAUUCCCGCAAAGCCUGUAUACUCGGGGAAAAUGUUCAUCGAGGGAAUUAUAUCACACGGCAACCCAAUUUACAUGAAAGCAAACGAGAUAGCUGGCCCUGGAAGUAUGCUAGCUAUUGGGAAUCAGAAACAAAUAUCCCUCCAGCAGGUUUCCAAUGGAACCUAUCGCCUAUAUUUUGGUCUAAAGGUGCCCGAAGACUUCUAUGGAUUCAGCCACAAUCAGAACGCCAGCCAGGCACAAGAAAAAAGUACUUUGCAUGCUGACAUAGCUAGUAGAAGUGAGACACUCCGUCAGCUGCUGCUAUCUUCAGAUGACUUCUAUGCGAGAUGGGCGCCGCUACUAAGGGCCUUAAUCGAGAAUGCCGAGGGACCAUUUCGCCCGUGGCCACUGUACCGUAUGGAUCCAGAGGCAGUGGGCUGGAACCGCGAUGUGGCUCCCGGGGUUACGUUAUUAGGUGAUGCAGCACAUGUAUCGACUCCGUUUGUUGGAGAGGGCGUGAACUGCAGCAUGUUGGAUGCAGUCAUGCUGGCGGACUCUAUCAUUAAAUAUUAUGAUAAUGGUGCAACUCCGACGAAUGAUGAGACUACAUGGCUUGAACAUGCACUAGCUUCGUACGAGAAAGAGAUGUUUGUGCGCGGUCGAGACUUGAUCCAGCGCAGUACGGAAAGCGAAGAAAGGCUUUUCGCUGAAAACGCCCCUGAUCUAUUUCUGGAGUGGUUCAACAGUGCUCUACAAGAUAAGAGUUGAUUGUAAGGUCAAUCAGAUCAAGAGAAAACCCCUGUACUAUAGUAUAUUUUAGUCAUGGUAGUUGAGAGUCCAAGCAUGUGAUUACGAAAACGGAAAGAAAAACAACCAUUACAUAUAUGUGUAACCGACUGAAUGACUGGGGAUAUAUUUUGUGUUGAGUAUUUUCGUACGGAUGUGCGAAUUAGAGACGUUACAGAUGUAUGUCAAAUCUAUUUCCAAUUUAUUGUUUGAAACAGUUAGCAUACAAGGGUGAUAGGGCAGGGGUACCUUUUUACUUCAAUUCUUGUUAGUAUUAGCAUUAGCAUGGC